UUAUACGGAUAUAUAUCUAAAACAAAACUUCUUCUUCUUUUAAAAAUCCCAUUAGUUUUUAUACUCUUACUAGUUUCUCAAUCUGAAAAUUCAGAGCUAAUCAAAACCCUAGAAAAAGAUACAAUGAGUAGCAACGAAUUUCGAUUCUUCUUGUCUUGCGACAUCAAUCUUCCCGUUACCUUUCGUGUUGACAGAUUGGAAGGGACUUUGCCUUCCACGAAUUCUCCCAAUUCAGGAAUUGAUUCCAUUAAUGAGGAGAGGAAAGCAGAGCUCUAUGUGGAGUGUGCAUUGUACAUUGAUGGUGCUCCGUUUGGUCUUCCAACAAAAACAAGGUUGGAGUCUGCAGGACUGUUGUAUUGCUGGAAUGAACUGGUAACAUUGAGUAGUAAAUAUCGGGACUUAACCGCACACUCACAACUUGCUUUGACUGUUUGGGAUGUUUCAUGCGGAAAAGAUGAUGGAUUAAUUGGUGGAGCUACGAUUCUUCUAUUCAACAACAAAAUGCAACUCAAAACAGGGAAACAGAAGCUUAGGCUGUGGUUAGGAAAACAAGCAGAUGGAUCGUAUCCAACAAGUACUCCUGGAAAGGUUCCCAGGCAUGAGCGUGGAGAGUUGGAGCGUCUGGAAAAGCUUGCAAACAAGUAUGAAAGAGGACAGAUUCAUCCUGUUGAUUGGCUAGAUCGACUCACAUUCAAGGCUAUGGAAAAAAUCAAGGAAAGGGAAAGCCUGAAAAAUGGGAGCUCUCAUUUAUACUUAGUUGUUGACUUCUGUAGCUUUGAACAUCGAGUUGUUUUUCAGGAAUCAGGGGCCAAUUUCUUGUUACCAUCUCCAAUAGCUUCAUCAAAUGAACUGGUCAUUGUGUGGGACCCUGAAGUGGGAAAGAUAAACCCUUCUGAGCACAAGCAAUUGAAGCUUGCGAGGAGUUUAACUCGUGGUAUCAUUGACAGGGACCUCAAGCCAAGCUCUAAUGAAAGAAAGAUAAUACAAAGAAUUUUGAAAUAUCCACCUACAAGAACUUUGAGUGGAGAUGAGAGGCAGCUCCUUUGGAAAUUUCGCUUCUCAUUGAUGUCUGAGAAGAGGGCCCUCACAAAGUUUCUUCGAUGUGUUGAAUGGAGUGAUGUUCAGGAAGCAAAGCAGGCAAUAGAACUUAUGGGCAAGUGGGAGAUGAUUGACGUCUGCGAUGCGUUGGAGCUUCUAUCUCCACUUUUUGAAAGUGAAGAGGUUCGUGCAUAUGCUGUUAGUGUUCUUGAAAGAGCAGAUGAUGAGGAACUUCAAUGUUAUUUGCUUCAAUUAGUUCAGGCUCUUCGAUUUGAACGCACUGAUAAAUCUCGGCUUUCUCAAUUCCUUGUACAACGCUCUUUACGAAAUAUUGAAUUGGCUAGUUUUCUACGGUGGUAUGUUGCUGUGGAACUUCAUGAUCCUGCCUAUGCAAAACGAUUUUAUUCUACGUAUGAGUUCCUAGAAGAAAAUAUGAUAAAGUUGACAGCUGGUGUAAAUGGACAAGAAGAUGGUUUUAAAAGGUGGCAGAGCUUGGUGCGUCAGACAGAACUGACAGCCCAGUUGUGUUCUAUAAUGAGAGAUGUGAGGAAUGUGCGUGGCAAUACACAAAAGAAGAUUGAAAAGCUUAGACAGCUCCUUUCUGGUCUUCUUAGUGAACUUACUUAUUUUGAUGAGCCAAUUCGGUCACACUUGGCUCCAAGUGUCCUUAUCACUGGAAUUGUGCCUUCAGAGUCAUCAAUAUUCAAAAGUGCAUUACAUCCUUUGCUACUGACUUUUCGAACAGCCAAUGGUGGACAAUGCAUGGUCAUAUUUAAGAAGGGUGAUGAUAUUCGGCAAGAUCAAUUGGUUGUUCAAAUGGUGUCACUUAUGGAUAGAUUACUGAAGUUGGAAAAUCUUGAUCUGCACUUAACUCCAUAUAAGGUACUGGCAACUGGACAAGAUGAGGGCAUGCUGGAAUUCAUACCAUCUCGUUCUUUGGCACAGAUUCUCUCUGAUCAUCGUAGCAUUAUAAGCUAUCUACAGAAAUUUCAUCCUGAUGAACAUGGACCAUUUGGGAUUACAGCUACUUGUCUCGAAACCUUUAUAAAAAGUUGUGCUGGCUACUCUGUUAUCACAUAUAUACUGGGAAUUGGAGACAGACAUCUUGACAAUCUUCUGCUAAGAGACGACGGACGCCUUUUCCAUGUUGAUUUUGGUUUUAUUCUUGGCCGGGAUCCUAAGCCAUUUCCGCCGCCAAUGAAACUUUGCAAAGAAAUGGUUGAAGCUAUGGGUGGAGCAGAGAGCCAAUAUUAUACGAGGUUUAAAUCCUAUUGUUGCGAAGCAUACAACAUUCUCCGUAAAUCCAGUAACCUUAUUUUGAAUCUUUUCCAUCUAAUGGCCGGUUCCAACAUUCCUGACAUAGCAUCUGAUCCUGAAAAAGGCAUCCUCAAGCUCCAAGAGAAGUUCCGGCUGGACUUGGACGAUGAGGCCUGCAUACAUUUCUUCCAGGAUCUUAUCAAUGAGAGUGUUAGUGCGUUGUUUCCUCAAAUGGUCGAGACUAUUCAUCGGUGGGCUCAAUACUGGCGCUGAUCCUCAAAAACAAACUUAGGGGAUAUGAGUUCUCCGGAGAUUGAAUUCGGAAUCGGUGAAAACUUGAUUCAUCUUUUAUCAUUC